UCGCAACAGUAAAAUGCCCAUAAAUAAAACAAUACUCUUACAUAUAGUUACAUUUCCCUCUUUUUUCAGUUCACUUAAAAAUUUGAAACAAAUGUUUGGUUGAAAGGGAGGAAAUAGCACACUCCAAUCCACAGCACCAACCUCCUGGAGUAUUGGCUAUGGCAGGAUAUGAAACUUUCUCUGGGUAAACAUUUGCUCAGGUCUCAGCAGCCAGCACCUUUCAACAAACUCCUGUGAAAGGCUCAAUGGAGAAAAAAUAAAACAAGCAGGCAGCUCUCCUUCCAGACUCCAGCCUGCCAGCGACCAGGCGUCUCCUUGUUGUUUCUCUAAGUUUUAAAAAAAUACGCAGGCCCAUCAUGAGUACACAUCACGUUCUCGCCCUCAUUCUUGUGGUUACAACAAGUACUUGCAGGGCUGCCUAUGCUGACUUUGAUUAUGGAGGGAUGCCCGUCCAGAUCAACCGGCUAUUAGGAGAGCCCAGUGUGUUGACUCUACGGGGUAGGGUGGACUCCAGCUGGUAUCGUGUUCUAAAUAGGCAGGGCUGCCCUCUUGAGUGUGACUGUCCCAUACAAUGGCCGUCUGCAAUGUUCUGUGACAACAGAGGCUUGUUUUAUGUCCCCACAUCCUUGUCUCCAAAGUCACAGUACCUUUUCCUGCAGGGAAACAGCAUUGCAGCUCUGCCGAGGAGAAUGUUUGAAAACACCACACUUGUCCGUUGGCUCAUUUUGGACCACAAUGUUUUGACCAGCUCCCAGAUCGACAAUGCCUCCCUGAAGGGGCUGCACCACCUAGAGAACCUCUUCAUGAACUACAACAACUUAACAGAGAUUCCAUCCCCUCUGCCCAGCGGUCUGAAACAACUUAGACUGGCAUACAACAGAAUUAACAAGAUUGGACCGGGGGUGCUGGACAACCUCAAAAACCUCACAUUGUUGCUUCUCCACAGAAACCAGCUGAAGGUCAUUGGCGAGGCCGAUUUUAAAGGCCUGCAGUCUCUCAUUCUUCUUGAUCUCAGCCAUAACUCCCUGACUGAGUUUCCUGCUUAUUUACCACCAUCCAUCCAGCAGCUGUAUUUGUCCAACAACUCACUGACAGCUCUCCCUGGCAACUGCCUCAUAAACUUCAAGAACCUGCAAUAUCUUUGCCUCAGCCACAACAAGCUGACCAAUGACGGGCUGCCCAGCACCGUCUUCAACACGUCUGUCAUUGUUGAGAUGGAUCUGUCCUACAACCAUCUGACCUCCAUCCCCAUGGUCCACGAGAGCCUGCAGUAUCUAUUCCUGGAGGCCAAUAUCAUUGAAGCGUUCAACACAAGCAGCUUCUGCCGGAAAGUGGGACCAGUCAGCUUCUCCAAGAUGAAGCUCCUCCGCCUGGAUGGGAACAGACUCUCAUACAGCCAACUGCCCUCUGACUGGGUGCUGUGCCUCCGGGUGUUGAGAGACAUCUACAUCUAGUACUUCCUUAGAUCUUCUCCAGUAAAGUGGUUGCUUCUCCUUUCUUUAAAUUUUUUGAUGUGUUUCAGGCAGCCAUGUGUUGCUUUGCUUUAAUACUGUAUUUGUGUUCAAGCCCAUUUUCAUUUACUUCUAUACUAUUU